AUGCGGUGUGGGAAUUCGAAGAUGAUUAGGUCAACAUCUGGAGAUUCUUCGAGAAAUAUCAUGAAGUGGGUCCUCGUGCAAUGGCCAACUAAAAAGCGUGAUAUAGUCCACAUGCGAUCUAUUUUGUGCCCUACGGAGAAGGUGGAGGUCGGAAGAUAUGUAAACCUGCACUGGGCUGGGAGGGAGAAUACGGCACUUGUGGUUGCGCUUUCACAUGAUCGUGAGAUGCUGGAAAAUAUGAUGAAGAAACGAUCGAAGUCACCUGUACCAGGUCCUAGCUGGAGCAGAACGAUGGAAGAGAUCGAUAGGGAUUAUUCCCCGAGUGCUUCAUCUUUGAAGCCAAGUGAUGAUGAAACUACGUCGUUGGCAGACUCCGAUGAGGACAUUCAAGAAAUCAGAAAGCGCAAAAUUAUUGACAGGAAACGUCGACUUUUAAAACGACUUUCAAUGGAGAACCUAGUGACUCCAAAACACAGGUCCACUCCAAUUAAAUCGCGUUCUGAGUCAUCAAUAAAUACUUUACGCAGAAAGAAUGUAAAGUCUCAGGAUGGCAGAAUUAACACGGGACGUACUUUAGCGACAGCUGUGACAUUUAAUCAGAAAUAUCGAAUACUUAGAAGGGAAGAUUAUCCUGACCAUAUUAAUAGUUUGAUAACGAGUUUUGAGUGCCUAAUAAAUUUAUACAUAGAACACAUAAAGAAUCUGUCGCCAAAUGCUCGGCUGGAGGAGUCACCCGAACCGCCACAGAAUGAGUCGCCCGAGGCGCCACAGAGGCAUGAGUCAUCUGAGUCGUCGAAGUCAUCGGAGGAAGAUCACGAGGAUGACUUUGAUGGAUCAGAUGUCGAGGUCCUCAUCACUAACAAGUUCAGCAAAGUUCUCAAUAAAGAAAUUCAUAGAAUGAAACCGGAUAAAAAUGUCACUCAUCAAACUAUAGAGAAAAGUAUAAAGAGGAUCACGGACAAAAUAAAGAGAAGUCAAGCAAUUGUCGAAUUUAAAGACGAUGAGGAAAGUGAAAAUAUCAAUACCGCCGUAGAACCAACAGACCAACCAGAUAAAGAAUGGAUCGGCAUUGGCUCCGGAAAAACAUUGGUGCAUAAGGACAAGUUUAAAAAUGUCAACUGGAAGUCCUACACAAUUGCCACAAGGUCUUUGCUUCUUGCAGUGUUCCCAAGACGAAUCUUGGCUACACACUCUUUGACUGGAAAAAAGUCGCCAGCCUUCCUUCACAAGCCAGCCAAAAUGUCCCUGGAUCCACAAGUAGUUUCUGAUGUGGUUAGCGAGAUUAUGUAUAAAUUUCGCGUAGAAGAAAGUUUAGUUCGGGCCAUCAUUACUACUAAGUGCUCCGAUGAGGCUAAGAUGCUCAAAAUACGUCACGAUAAAUCUGAAGACGACCUCGAAAACAUCCCGCCGCCAGCUAAUGAUGACAAAAAUGCCUAG